UGUGUGUGUGUGUGUGUGUGUGUGUGUGUGUGUGUGUGUGUGUGUGUGUGUGUGUGUUGCCCGCGCACACACAGAUAUGGUGUACCAUUUGCGCACCAAAGCAUGGUCUCGGUCAGACGUACAGACGGCUUGAUGAAUUACACAUCACACAGGAGGCCUUCCUCUGAUGCGGGACUACUGGGACACUCUACCCUCUGCCUUCACGGCUAAUGAAACAUUUAGGACACACUGAGUACAAGAGGACUGGCAGCACAAGAAGACCCUCAAUCAUGAGCAAGGGGCAGUUCCAACAAGAAGAUCGGUUGAUGGAUUUAUUUUUUCAUUUAUCCUUAAUUAGUAUUUUAAAAGAUGGGUGAAAUGUGUACAUUUGGACUGGAAUUGAUUCAAACCUGCUAGGAAGAACAGCUGAACUUCUCCAGCUGAUGUACCGUUUACAUAUUCUCUUUUACAUGCUUGUUGUGUAACCUGUUCCUGUGUGUUGAAGCACUGCCUGUGUUUAAUUUCAUUUGAUUAAGAAUUCAUCCACCAAUGUAGAGAGCUUUUGUUUCACUUGUUCUUGAAAGUGUCUUCCUUGUUAAGUGCUCCUCGUGCUCAGGCCACAGACGUCACCAGAGCUCUUGUGUUUUCUCACCGGUUUCCUGAACUGCUGAUGAUUUUCAUAUUUAAGGGGUUUCUUGUCUUUCACCCUGCUUUACCUAUAGUAAAGACAAUCACAGAUCACAAAUGUUUGGCACAUUAUGAGCGAAUGCUGCAGCUUGGAUGACAAUAUGGUUUGGGCAUGUCGGGUUAAUACAUCGUUAAAAUGUUUGUUUGCAUAAAUUGAGCUGUCUUUGGAGAUUUUAUUUACAUUUUACGGUAGAGGGCGCUGUUGCAGUCAGCUCAGCAACUAAAAUCUGAACUAUGAAAAGUAAGCUAUAUUACAACAUUUGCACCGUACCUGUCCUUGAAUGAAACGACAGUAGUAUUUUAAAAGCUGGUGCGGCAUAAGUGAUCAUUAACAGUUAGUUAGUUUGGAAUGUGAGUAGCAGUGAGUGGAAAUGCAACGCUGAUGAAGAGCAUGGCUUAAUCGCAAGGUAGAAGUUGAGAACCCUGAUGUUACCAUUUUGAAUGUCAGUGUUUUACUUUAAGCAUGUGUAUGCCACGACCCAAGGUAUCACAAAAGUUCUAGGGCCACAGUACCCUUCAAGCACAGAUAAGAACAUGACGCAGUGUAUUAAUCUAGGGGUCCAUGCAAUCUGAGCCUUAAAAUCUGAAACACAUCCCACGUUCGACGGGGGAGGGAGUGGAGGUUUGGGAGUUUGAACUGCACACCAAGGAACAGAUGCACAAGACAGAGGAACAUAGUGCACUGGCAUACAAUCAACUUCAUGUGCUUUUUCGUUGAGAUAAUUGUUGACCUGCAGCAAUGUAAGCUGAUGUGAGAUGAGCUGGCAGCGCUGAGGCAGAAGUGAUCCAAAAUGAUAAGGAGAAUGAGUGACAACACCUAUCUGCGAACACUGCACUCCAGCACAGCAACAAACACCAGCACACUCCUUCAAGGUUUUCGGCGAGUAAGAAUAUGCAUAGGUGCUGUGGCACCCCCUGUUUAAUUGCAUUUGGUCUCCUGCCCAUUCAGAGAGGAAAGCGGGAGACUCUUAGGUCCAACUCUGAGACCACGUCUGUUAGAGUCUCAAACAAAUAAGACAGCAUUUCAGGUGUCCUCAUGGGACCCACAAGCCUUGGGCCCUCUGAGGUCCAGCUGACUUCCUAUGGCUUCCGACCAGGAUUCGGCACGGAUGACAACCUCCUUCACGUUCCAUCGACCCCAGGAAGCUCUCAUCAUUUGACCAACUCAGUUCUCCUUGGCAGCAUGUAUCGUUUCUCCAUGUCUCCUGUGUCUGUUACCUCUGCGGACAUGAACGUGGCCUCCACUGUGAGUUCCAACCAGAAGGCCAUGACCGCUCGUCUCAGAGUCAAUAAGGAAGUGUCUAGUCCUGUGGCUGCCUGUCCUCAAGUCCAACUGCCUCAAAGCUCUCACAGUCCCAAGGAUUACCUCCACUCUCUGACCUCCUCAAUAUCUAUGAGCUCACCACCCCACUUCUACUCUUCCUCCUCUUCAUCCCCUGUCAGCCUUUCCUUCUGCUCCUCUUCAGAGCUCCUGUGCUCUGCUCCCCUUUCCACGCUUCCUCUGUCCAGAGCUAGCCACGAUGUCAUCACAAACGGCCCUCCACGGCAACAGGAACUUCACGUCUCUCUAAAGCAGGAGCCGGACGACGAGUUUCCGGCGUGCAACAAGGGGCUCUUCCACUUGAAGCAUGAGGAGGAUCGAGUACAUCUCAGUCAGGAGCACCACCAUCCUGGGCCAUGCUCCACCUUACCUUCACCACACGAACACCUCAACUCCCAUCAGUGUCCUGCCACAGAACUCAAGGACUGCAUCAUGACCUCUGUGCUGUCCAAGGACCUCCAGAUUCAAGGCAGACUGCCAGCCAGCGGUCUGGAGGGAAGUGGGCUGUGCGUGUCACCGGGAGAUGAGCAGGCCUGCCUGUGGUUGGAUUGCUGCGCUGCGUACAAGCAGACCGAGGAGCUGGUGAGGCACAUAGAGAAGGUUCAUGUGGACCAGCGGAAAGGUGAGGACUUCACCUGCUUCUGGGCAGGCUGCGUGCGCCGGUACAAGCCCUUCAACGCGCGCUACAAACUCCUGAUCCACAUGAGGGUCCACUCCGGGGAAAAGCCCAACAAGUGCAUGUUUGAAGGCUGCAGUAAGGCUUUCUCUCGCCUGGAGAACCUGAAGAUCCAUCUGCGGAGCCACACGGGAGAGAAGCCCUACAUCUGCCAGCACUCCGGCUGCCUCAAGGCCUUCAGCAACUCCAGUGACAGGGCCAAACACCAGCGAACGCACUUGGACACGAAGCCUUACGCCUGUCAGCUGCCUGGAUGCACCAAGCGCUACACAGACCCCAGCUCCCUGCGCAAACACAUCAAGGCCCACACAGUCAAAACACAGCAGCUUCGGGACCAGGUGCUGCUGUGCUCUGAGGUGGAGACUGACUGCAUGAGCGAGUGUUUGGCGCUGCACUCUCUCCUCAGCGCCGCCCCAGGUCUGCUUGAGCCCUGCUCCCCCAGGCUCGCCACCGCCAGGCCCCUCGCACAGCCCUGCCACGACUCCUUCCCAGGGUCCGAGUGUUACUCUGAUGCCAGCAUCAUCCCUUUAUCUGAGGCCCUGGCCACGUCCCCGAACCUGUCCCCCGCAUCAUGUGACCUCCAGCAGAGCGUGGGCAGCUCCCCACACAAACUGGCCCUCAUGCCCCCAGGGAGGAGCCUCCAGGACAAGUUCCACUCAUCGCUGAUGUUUUCCGAAAUAAGCCUGCUCAGAAGCCAAGGGGAACCACUGGCACAUCCCGACAAGCAGGGGAUGCUGACAGGCCGGUGUGAUCAGAAGCAUGAGGGACUCUAUCCUGACCUCCCAGGAUCAUUUUAUGGCUUCCACUCUGGAGAUGUCAGUCUGCUAGACCAUUUGGGCAGUGAAUGCUCUGGAGGUCUGCAUAUGUUUGAAUCCAGUGGAUACAUACUUAACCCAAGCUCAGCAGCACCCUCUACAGGCUUUGGUGGCCAGGAGCAACAUGCGUCAGGGGGGCAUGUCUUCCCCUCUUUCCAGAGGAGGGUGACCUCCCAAAUGUGCUUGUGAGCGCCAUGCCCAGUCAGCUGUGAUCAGCUGUGCUCCCAGCAUAUCUCCGAGGCAGUGCGAGAAAGGGGUAACGUGUCUCAUCCUUGCACAGUCCUCUCAAGAACCUGCCCCCCCAAAAAUGCCCCUCCCACACACUCCUCAACGUUUCCAGUAGGCCUCUCUUAUCUUUUUGUUAUCUGUCUCUGUCUUUCUUUCUUUUGUCUCUUACUCACUGUCUGCCUGUCUCUGUCUCACAAGUAGAUUGUAACUUUCUCUUUUUUUUUCAACCGAGGCAAUAAUGUUUACAUUCUAAGUAGGUAUUACACAGUCAUUUUCAUGCUGUUUUUGCACUGUUGUAAGAGCAGUCAUACAUGCUCUUUUGGAAAGGCAACAUAAUUGUAACAUUAACUAUAGUAAUUCCUUUUAUAUAAAAAAAAAUU